AUGCACAUCGCGGAGCAGACCCGCGGAUGGGAGCCCGAGCACCACCUCUCCGUCGCCGAGGCCAUCCGCGAGGCCAUGAACGAGUCCGCCCAGGUCCUGCCGCUCAGGUCACGGCCCAUGAGGCGGGGAGGCCCGCGGGGACGGCCGACGGUACAGAGCCCACGAGAUCUGCCAGCCCCGGAGCCACACCUUCCACUGCGAAAGGCGUCGGCGCACAGCAGACUGCAAUACGGAAUGGGCUCGGUGUCCAAGCCGUUGUUUGCGCCAACGCACGACCACUCCCGAGUCAGAGGAUUCAAUCCCACCCCGGUGCAGCCGCCGCUGCCUCAGCUGGAGAACAUCACCGCCAGUGACGAGCACGCAUUCGCCGGCAGAGAAGCCAAGAGGCCGUUUCGACCAGCCCUGGGAGUGCUGGAACACCAGCAGCAGACGCUCCUGCAGUAUGCGGAGAGGGAGCCGGUACGGACGGAGAGAGACGCCGACGCCAACGUCAACGCAAGCCGCCCGCCGUCAAGUCCGCCAUUCCCGUACCAAGCGAGCCCGCAGACUUCACCUGCGGCACCUAGGAAGAGAGGGCAUGCUCUGAAGAACUCGAGAAGUGUAGGAGAUGGAUUGCGUGGUAUGCGGCAUCGGAUGACGAACAAGCGCAAUACAGACUUAAACGGAAGAUUGACACCCGAUUCACCCAGCACACGCCCGAGUAUCGCAACGGCUCCCGAGGAGAUUAGGAAAUCGUUUCGCAGCGCGUUGACGAGUCAUUCGAGUAUAGGGCCAGCAAGCAGUAUAAAUACAACACAGACGAGCAUCAGUGGGCGGAGUUCACCUAAUGGGAGCUUUGUAAAAGUUAGGCGUGAGGACUGGGAUGAGGGUGGCUUGUCAGAUGUGGAUAUGAGUGUUGAAGACGCCAUUGGGAUGUACGAGAAUGGCUUUGAAAGUGGACCAGGGAGUGCAAAAGGAAGCAUGGAUGUGCGAUCUCUACGAUCCUUUGAUGCUAGUCUGAGCAGACCAGGCAUUGAGACCCGCAAUGUCGAUCGGGGAAGGUUGACUCCAGACGCUCACUCCUUGAGGUCAUUGCAAAUGGAACGUCCGGAACGAUCCCUCUCACAACCUAGACCUCAGCCGACACUUGAUUCUGAGCCAUCCACGCCGACGAAAGCGAAACGUCCUAAUGCAGCACAUCGAAGGAGCCAGAGUGCAAGCAUUCUUAUUCUUGGAGUGCCCAAAUCUGCACGCUCCGGAGUCAGUCCAAGCCCAAGUGCACGAACAUCAAUUGCGCCAGAAACUACUCCUCCUGCUAAGCCGAAUCAGCAAGAGAGACCGGCCACGGGGACGCCCACGGUGUCGCGUGACAGGUACGGCUUCAAGAAGGCGUCUCAAUACAUUACAGUCGAUCAGUACGAUGCAUGGAACGCAUCUUACAGCAAGCACAUCGAACGCCGGUCGAAGAAAUGGCACGCCUUGAUGCGCUCAUAUGGCCUCCACACCUGUCCACCCAUUCGAUUUCCUCCCAAAAGCGAGAAGAUCAAGCGCUAUGUCCGUAAGGGGAUACCACCUGAGUUCCGAGGUGCCGCAUGGUUCUGGUAUGCAGGCGGGCCUGGUCUGUUGAAGAAGGAGCCGUGUCUUUACCGGGACCUCUUGGAGAAGGUCGAGAACGGGGAGUUGUCGGACAACGACCGAGAGCAUAUUGAACGAGAUCUCAACCGGACCUUUCCCGACAACAUCCGAUUCAAACCGGACCCAACGACAACGCUGGAUGCGCAGGCCGACGCGGGCGGUGGGAUUGGUGGUGACAAGGAAAACUCGCGCGAAAGCAGAAGCAAGAAUAAGCGGAAAACCAAGGAACCAGAGACGCCCAUUCUCAGAGCUCUGCGGCGUUUACUACAAGCUUUUGCCGUCCACAAUCCUCAGAUCGGCUACUGUCAAUCCCUCAACUUCAUUGCUGGACUUCUUCUGCUCUUUCUCGACGAGGAUGAGGAGAAAGCUUUUGUGCUUCUCAAUGUUGUCACGACCCAGCACCUGCCCGGAACGCACGGUAUCGCUCUCGAGGGCGCUAACAUUGACAUUGCGGUCCUCAUGUCCUGCAUCAAGGAUACCUCACCUGCCAUCUGGAAUCGUCUCGACGACAAAGGCGGCAUGGGCGGUGUCGGUGGUCUCGUAAGUGGAGUCGGUGGCGCCGGUGCGCUUCGUCUCCCAACCGUAUCGCUCGCAACUACCGCCUGGUUCAUGUCCCUCUUCGUCGGCACACUACCCAUCGAAAGCGUGCUCCGAGUCUGGGAUUGUCUCUUCUUUGAAGGCUCCAAGACUCUCUUCCGCAUCGCCCUCUCCAUCUUCAAACAUGGCGAACAGGCCAUACUGAAUGUCAGCGAUCCUAUGGAGAUUUUCCAGGUCGUGCAGACUAUUCCCAGGAGCAUGUUGGAUAUCAACGCGUUGAUGGAGAUUUGCUUCCGACGGAGAGGUGGAUUUGGGGGUGUGAGUCAGGGGUUGGUGGAGAGUCGAAGGGCUGAUCGGAGAAGGGUCGUGAAGGAGGGCGUUAGUGCUGCUGCGCAGGACGAGGGGGCUUUUAGAAAACUGAGGGGGAGGCUGAAGAAGUCUGCUACGAAGCCGUGA